UGUUUCCCUCAGACAUUGUCUCAGUUUCACAAUUCACAAAAAAAAAAAUCUCUUUAUGUUCAUUCUGUCUCCCAUUAAACCAAAAAACAAAAAACUUCUCACUUUCAAUUUUCAAUUUUCUCACAAUGGCUCCAAGAGAUAACAGAAUCACCAACACCACCACCGGGCCUGGGCCAAACCCAUCAGCCCAGGCUCAAGCCCAGAAAGAGAUUCGUUACAGAGGUGUAAGAAAACGUCCAUGGGGUCGUUACGCCGCUGAGAUCCGUGACCCAGGUAAAAAAACACGUGUCUGGCUUGGAACAUUCGACACCGCUGAAGAAGCAGCGCGUGCUUACGACAAAGCGGCACGUGAGUUUCGCGGCUCAAAAGCGAAGACAAAUUUUCCAACGCCGUUGGAGAUUAUCAACAACGGUAGCCCUAGUCAAAGCAGCACUCUUGAAUCACCGUCGCCACCUCCGCUUGAUUUAACUCUCACACCAUUCUCCUCCUCCCACGGUGGUGUUACCUUGGCCUAUCCGGUGGCGCGUCCUGUUUUGUUUUUUGACGCAUUCGCACGUGCUGAAACAGCCCUAACCGUUGGCCGUCGUGAGAUGUGUGGAUUUGAACGUCCCAUGGCUGAUUUUCGACGCGCCGCCGUGCAGAGUGACUCUGGUUCUUCUUCCUCCGUUGUUGAUUAUGAAGGUGUGCCACGUCAGAGACUCUUGGAUCUUGAUCUUAAUGUUCCUCCACCACCUGAAGUUGCUUGAUCUGGAUCUAUUUUGAAGACCCAUAAGCAAAAAAAAAAUUAAUUUUUUUUUUUCUUUUCGUUUUUUGAAGUACCCAUUUUGAUGAACGGAAUCACUCUCGUGAAAAAUAUUUAACGAAGAAAGAGAGAGAGAACGCAAAGUGUGUUGCUGACAUGGUGCUCAGAUUUGUUCAUGAAUAUGAUGAUAACGAGCACGCUUUGUAAAUAUAACUGAAAGAAGGAACCUUAUUAAUUUUUGCAACUGAGAACUUGUUAUUAGUAUCUCAUGGUUGUUUCUGCAAUUAAUCUUAAAUUAUGAAUUGAAAUUUUAGUUAAUUACUCUAUGAUAUGUUAUGGUAGCAUUUUUAUUUGA